AUGAAAGGUAAAAAAUUCAACUGUAAAAGGCAACCACCACCGCUGGCCACCACCGCCGGCCACCACCGCCGGUCACCACCGCCGGCCACCACCGGUCACCACCACCGGUCACCACCGCCGGCCAUCACUGCCUGCCACCACCGCCGGCCACCACUGCCUGCCACCACCGCCGGCCAUCACCGCCAACUUCGGCCACCAUCUAUUCCGGUCACCACCAACACCGGUCACCGUCACUGUCGGCCACCAUCAAAUCCGGCCACCACCAACUCCGGCCACCACCAACUUCGGCCACCACCACCACCGCCACCACCACUGUCGGCCAUCACCACCACCGGCCACCACCACCACCGCCGGUCACCACCACCACCACCACCACCACCACCACCACCGCCGACCAUCACCCCGCCGGUCACCACCACCACCGCCGGCCACCACCACCACCGCCGGUCACCACCACCACCACCACCACCACCACCACCACCGCCGACCAUCACCCCGCCGGUCACCACCACCACCACCGGCCACCACCACCACCGGCCACCACCACCACCGCCGGCAACCACCACACCGAUCACCAACACUUCCGACCACCAUCAACUCCAUCCACCACCGCCGGCCACAACCAUCACCACCACUACCAUCUCCAAUCAAAAAGACUAA